AUGGCCUAUCACAGCCCGUACAGAGCUCCGCCGCAUAUCAACCAACCCCCCGAUCAGAGCUUUCUAUGGAAUAUCUUUCAGAGGGUUGACAAGGACCGCAGUGGAGUGAUAUCGGACUCGGAGCUCCAGCAGGCCCUAUCGAAUGGCACGUGGACUCCCUUUAACCCCGUGACAGUGCGCUCCAUCAUCUCCAUGUUUGACAGAGAAAACAAAGGCGGCGUGAACUUUAACGAGUUUGCAGGCGUGUGGAAGUACAUCACAGACUGGCAGAACAUCUUCAGGAACUAUGAUCGCGACAACUCCGGGUUCAUUGAUAGAAACGAGCUCAAACAGGCUCUAACUGGAUUCGGUUACCGUUUGUCAGACCAGUUCUACGGCACGCUCAUAGAGAAGUUUGACCGUCAGAGAAAAAGCCAGGUGGCGUUUGACGACUUCAUCCAGUGCUGUAUCGUACUACAGAGGUUAACCGACGUCUUCCGACAGUACGACACAGAUCAGGACGGCUGGAUUCAAAGAAGCACAAGUGGACCCAUCUGUGCCAAAGCUACAGGCAGCACCCAGACCUCCAGCACCACUGCAAGAUUCUCAUUACUCCUGCUAACCGUUGUCUUAUUCUGCUCGGCUCGCUGUCGCCCCCUGCUGUCAGGACAGAGGCGACACCAGAAGUUCUGCAGUUCGCCAGCGCCACAGCGGAGGAUUAUGAGAAGACUGCAUUGGACAAGUUAUCAAAGUAAAACUGCAGAAAAAGUCACGAUUCCUCGGUUUUCACGAGACUUCAGCCACAGCACAGCGAGGAGAAGCGGCGGCAAAGAAGCAGCGGUGGAACAGCCUGUGGUGUCGGAGCGGAGGGGACCUGUGGUCACCGUGGCGAUAAACCGUCCAGAGGUGAGAAAUGCGGUGAACCAGGAGACAGCGCGGCGGCUGCUGCAGGAGCUGGAGGCCUUUGACCGGGACCCAGAAGCAACUGUGGCGGUGCUCUAUGGGAAAGGAGGGAAUUUCUCCGCUGGUUAUGAUUUGAAAGAGCUGGCCAAUCACACAGACUCCCUGAAAUUGGAGCAAGAUGUCACCAAGGGUCCGGGGCCGAUGGGGCCGUCCCGCUUGCAGCUGUCCAAGCCUCUCAUAGCAGCGGUCAGCGGUUACGCGGUGGCCGGGGGGCUGGAGCUGGCUCUUCUGGCGGAUCUGAGGGUGGUGGAGGAGAGCGCGGUGAUGGGGGUCUUCUGUCGUAGAUUCGGAGUCCCUCUCAUCGACGGCGGCACAGUGCGUCUUCCCCGUCUCAUCGGUCUGUCUCGGGCUUUAGACCUGAUCCUGACUGGACGCCCGGUGGGAGCGCAGGAAGCUCUGGCCUACGGACUCGCAAACCGCAUGGUCCCAGACGGACAAGCUCUUGAAGUGGCGCUGCAGUUAGCCGAACAGAUCAGCUCCUUUCCUCAGAAGUGUCUGAGAGCCGAUCGCUCCUCCGCCAUCUACAGCUGCUACGAUGCACCGUCAUUCACUCAGGCGCUGCAGUUUGAGGUGGACCACGGUCUCCCUGUGGUCCCGUCAGAGAGUGUAGCAGGAGCGGCCCGGUUCAGCUCCGGAGCGGGGCGCAGAGGGAAGUUCUAG